AUGGCGGCAAUGGCGGUGGAGCGGCGGCGAGACGAUCCCUGGUGGCCAGUGGAGAGCAACAUUGUGCGGCGAGACCCAGCGGAGGUGGAGUCGCGGAGGAGCGCGGUGACGUGGCGGCGCAGGCACGGCGGAGCCGAAUGCGGACAUAGGCCAGCGCCUCACGGGGACUUCCAGCGGGACGCCUUCCAGCGGGACGCCUUCAACAAUCCCCCAGCUCCACGUUCGGUAGACAAUCAGAAUCCUCACCGCCUGUUUGAAGCCUCAUUCCCAGAGGGGCUGUGUCCUGGCUGGAAUGUGAGAGUCAAAGGUGAAACGGGCUCCAGGACAAAUGAGUUCCAGAUCAAUUUCCUCUGUGGCGCAGGAGAGCAGAUUGCGUUCCACUUUAACCCUCGCUUCCAAGACUCCGUCAUCGUCUGCAACUCUUUUCUCGACAACCAAUGGGGGCAGGAAGUGUUGACCGACACCUUCCCACUAGAAGCCAAGCAGCCUUUCCAGAUCGAAAUCUCCUCCGACCAAGACUACUUCCACGCUUUCGUGGACGACAGCAAGGUCCUCCAGUACGAGCACCGACAGAAGCAGCUCUCGGCCAUCUCCAGAGUGCAGAUCCUGAACGACAUCCACAUUUCCUCGGUGGAGUUCACCAGACGAGGUCUCUACUAG